AUGGAGAGACAUUGUCUCUUUGCUUUCCAGCUUUUGUUGGCACUCAGUUUCACCACAGUAGAAAUUGCUGUGGGGUUCACAAAUACAGGGUUCUGCCAAAACAACCAAACUGGCUAUAAUGGCUCUUGUUAUGAGUUUGUAGCUCAGCAGCAAAGCUUUAUUGGUGCUCAGGCUGGAUGUGAGCGCAGCGGAGGACAUCUAGCCUUUAUCCGCAAUGAACAAACACAGAGCUUUCUUCAGCAAAAUUUAAAAGCACAGUACAAUGGUACUGUGAACAACUGGUGGCUGGGGUUCGUGUCUGCAUCCUUCAACCUGAACUCGAGCACUACUGAUCGGUUAUCCUGGCUGGAUGGAUCUAAAACAAAUUACUCUAACCAGCUUGGGGAAAGCCUGCUUGGCAUUGGCUGUGGGUACAUCUCUCCAGAAAACAAUUUUCAGUGGGAAGUAACAGGGGAUUGUAACCAGGGAUUCUUUUAUAUCUGCGAGUUCGAGUUGGGACAGAGUCUAGUCUGUGUGGACAACCAAGCAGUGCUAAGCUGUGACUCUGGUAAGGUCAUACAGAUUGAUGAGGGCUUCUAUGGAAGGCAAACAGCAUACUACUGCAAAGCCAACCAAACUCUCUUAACUGUCACAACUGUACUGGAAGGGUGCAGUUGGCAGAAUGUGCUGAAUGAAGUAUCAGGAUACUGCAAUGGUCAUCCAGCAUGUCAACUUCGUGCAGAUACACCAGCCUUUGGACAGCCUUGUCCAGAAUUUGGAAGUUACCUGUCUAUAAAAUAUCACUGCAGAGAUGAACCCAAUUUAUCAGCAGGAAAUGCAGACAAUAGCAAUUCGCAGGUAGAAAAUGGUCUUUAUUUGGGUAGUAACAAUUUGGGGGUCAUGACAAACCUGUUUCUGCCUCAAGGUAGCACUCAGCUGACCAUCACUAUUAAGAAUAGUGCUAGUCAGAGUGUCAGCACUGAACUUCUCGUUCAUGUAACAAACAGAAAUACCACUCUCAAGGAUGUUAUGUCAGACGCUGUAGCUAUGCAAAAAAAUGGCACAAUUUCACCUGCCAAUCUGGCUCAGAUUUUUGGGAACAUUCAUGAUCAGAUGAACAGCAAUUAUACUGAAGAUGAUAAAAAAAAGCUGGUGCAGAACAUAUCUAAAGCUUUGUGUGAUGCGGUGGCGCAGGGAAAUACAACCUUUCCCCCUGUGGAUACACAAAUAAUUUCUUCCACGAUCCUGAGCCUUGUAACGAAUGAAAAUCAGCUGACGUCUAACUCUAAGGGGUCCACAAGCUGUGUUCUUGAAAGUAUUAGUAAGAAUGCAAAGUUUUCAUUAGAUGGUUAUGAUACAGUGAACAGUGCAGCUGCAACUUUUGUUAAUUCAGUCAGUAUUCUCCUCAAAGUUUCUGACAGCAACCAACAGACUUCUGAAUCAUUACUCAGGACACUGGACCAAGUGCAAAAUGCCAUGCUCUCGAAUAAGGCAAUAAACACAGAGCCAAUAAUUCUCAAUUCUCCACUGAUUAGUCUGUAUGUGAACAGACUGACCCCAGACAAUCUCAGUAAGUCCCAGAUCAGCUCUGGGGACAAUUCAGCUGCCUUCUCACUUCCAUCUUCAGUUACUGGUCUAAUUCCAUCAAAUGAGACAGUGGAUAUGCGUAUGUUAAGCUUUGGGAAAAACCCUUUUGCUUGGAACAAAGAAGAGGAUAUAAGUGGAACAGUUGCAAGUCUCUCCCUUUCCAAGGAUGAUGGCUCUACUAUUCAAGUGGAAAAUCUCGACGAGGAAAUAGAGAUUCUCUUACCAAGACUGGAUGCUGUGGCUACAAACAAAACAUUUCUGAACCUGACAAGUUACAGUACCAUGGCCAUCAAUGUGACUGCUCCAAACAUAUCACUAGUGGUGAAACUGGAACCUUCAGAUGAGACACCUUUGAUGUUAAAUCUGGGCUUUCAAAAUUAUCCAAAUGACACCAAUUAUGUGGCAAAAAUCCAAUUGCCUCAACAAGAAGACUCACGAGAAGCCAACUAUACAUGGGUGCUGAACCCCAAGGAUGUGGCAUUAGUGGGAGUUUAUUAUCUUCUAGUGAGGCCUAUUGUAUCACCAGGUGUGAAUUCCACAAAUGUAACAGUGUUUAUCACAUCGGUUGCUGCUACAUGCAAGUACUGGAAUGAGAAGGAAAGCAGCUGGAGUGAAAGUGGCUGUAGGGUUGGCCCUUACACCACAUCACUGGUCACUCAGUGCCUGUGCACUCACCUGACAGCUUUUGGGAGCUCAUUCUUUGUCAUGCCCAACACGGUCGACGUGUCUCGCACUGCAGAGCUUUUUUCCUCAUUUGCCAACAAUCCUGUGGUAGUGUGUUUUGUUGGUGCCAUUUUCCUGGCGUACAUUAUAGCAGCAAUAUGGGCACGCAGAAAAGAUCUUCAGGAUAAAAUAAAGGUGAGAAUCACAGUGCUGGAAGAUAAUGACCCAUUGGCUGAUUAUCGUUACUUAGUGGCUGUCACCACUGGGCAUCGCCACGGAGCUGCCACUACAUCUCACGUUACACUGACACUAACAGGCACUGUUUGGGAGAGUAAGCCCCAUCAUUUGACUGAUCCAGAAAAAAUUGUGUUUACUAGGGGAGGGGUGGACAUAUUUAUGCUCACCACUCCUUUCUCACUUGGAGACCUUCAAAGCAUCAGGCUGUGGCAUGACAACUCUGGGGAGCAACCUGAUUGGUAUGUCAGUAAGGUGAUGGUGCAGGAUCUGGAGACUGGACAAAUAUGGCAUUUCUUGUGCAACUCAUGGUUGGCUAUUGAUAUAGGGGACUGCACUCUGGACAAGGUGUUCCCUGUAGCCUCUGAGAAGGAUCUGAAAGGUUUCCACAAUGUUUUUUUCACAAAGACUGCAAAAGACUUGUGUGAUGGCCACAUCUGGUACUCUGUUGUAAAUCGUCCUGCCAACAGUAAUUUCACUCGAGUACAGCGUCUCUCUUGCUGUUUCUCCCUGCUCCUUUGCACCAUGUUAACCAGCAUCAUGUUCUGGGGAGUACCCAAAAGCCCAGCUGAGCAAGACAUGGAAUUAGGCACUAUCAAAUUCAACAUACAACAAGUGAUGAUCGGCUUCCAAAGUUCCAUUAUUAUGUUCCCUGUCAACCUUUUAAUUGUAAGCAUAUUCAGAAUGACCCGGUCACGGAAGAAGAAAGAAGUAGCAAUAAUUCAAGCAUCCAAGUCCGAAUCUUCCAAAGAGAAGAAAACACUUGCAGAGAGAUGGCGCAUUCAGACAGACAUUACUUUUGAAAUUGUUGUCAAAGACAUAAAGAAAAUUGUCCGCAGCCUGGCCAGGGCAGUGAGGUGUCCGGUUCCAAAUGCAGCAGAGGAAUCUGAAACAACAGACAUCAGCACUUUAUUGUUUGCACUUGAAGACAUUAUUCGGCAGCAGAAUUUCAGUCUUGCUAAAUCUUAUGUUGAAGAUAGUGAAAAUGAUCAGUUCUUAGUAUACAAGCUCUAUCGGCACUAUAUUCAUAAACAGAUCCGCAAUUUUGAAAAAGAGCUGAGGCUGAUGUGUCCUUCACAAUUUCCCAAGCAAGAUGGCUACCUCCAGGCUGUGCUUCAAGUUCAACGUAUAAAGCAGUUGCUAGAGCCUUAUCUCUACUCCAACCCUAUAGGCAACGAGGUCCAGAUCACUAGCCCUGAAGAAGAGAAAAAGAAAAAGUUUUAUCAGAAAGGCUUACCCUGGUGGUUUGUGAUAGUGGGUUGGAUUCUCAUUGCUGCUACCAGUGGUGUGUCUGGUUACUUCACAAUGAUGUACGGGCUGACAUAUGGAAAAGAGCGCUCCAUCAGUUGGCUCAUUUCCAUCUCUGUGUCAUUCUUCGAGAGUUUGUUCGUCACACAGCCUAUAAAAGUCCUUGGAUUUGCGAUCUUCUUUGCUCUAGUGGUGAAAAGCAUUCAAACUGAAGACGAUAAUUAUUUUCGCCUAUUGAAGGACUUGACACUUACCUACUCAGAGGAUCCUGAUGAUAUACGCAUUUCCAGAAGGGACAGCACAAGCAGGUUUUACCAGCCCCCUCCUCCUUCUGACAUUGAGAAAAUGAAGGAGAAUCAUGUAAAAAAUCUGAAAGCUAUUGCAUUAUUCAAGGAAAUUAUCAUUUAUUUGGCAUUUCUGUGCGUACUACUCGUGGCUACAUACGGUCAGCGUGAUCCAAAUGCCUAUUAUCUCACUCAGCACAUUCAACAAAGCUUCAGCAACGGUAUCACUGACAGCAUGACGGCUGGAGAUGUGUUUAACUGGGCAAAUAAUGUCCUAAUCAGCAACCUCUAUGGACAACGUCCAGGCUUUAUCACUGAUGGAAACUCAAAGCUUGUGGGAAGUGCGCGUCUUCGGCAGAUUCGAGUAAAAAAGGACACAUGCAGAAUUUCUAAAUUUAUGCAAGGUGCUGGUAAUGAUUGUCAUGCACCAUACUCUUGGGGUAUAGAGGAUAUGGGCUUCUAUGGUCCAGGUUGGAAUCAUUCAGUAGAUGUAAACAUUGCUAAGACUCUUUUAAUUCCCUGGCAAUACCAAACCCAAUCCAAACUCAGAGGACACUCUAUCUGGGGCAACAUGGCUUUUUACAGAGGCGGAGGAUUUGUUAUGGACCUGUGUCUUGACCCACAAGAAGCAAGCAGCAUGCUACAGUUCUUGUUUAACAACACAUGGUUGGAUGUAUACACCCGGGCAAUCUUUGUUGAGUUUACGGUAUACAAUGCAAAUGUCAACCUCUUCUGCAUUGUGACCCUGAUGCUAGAAACCACAGCACUGGGAGCGUUCCAGUUCAGCAGCGAGCUGCAUAAUUUACGUCUUUAUCAGACCACGGAUGGCAUUAACAUUGUAGCCUCUGAGGUCAUCUAUUUCCUUUUCAUUCUCUAUUAUAUGUUUUUGCAGAUAAAAAGGAUCAAGCAACAGAAAAUGCAGUACUUCAGAAGCAAGCAUAACCUUUUGGAAUUGGCCAUCAUUCUUCUAAGUUUGGCUGCAGCAGGAGCAAUCAUCAAUAGGACAAUACAGGGAGAGCGAGAUCUGAAGUAUUUUCAGCAGAACAAAGACAGUUUUCCAAGCUUCUAUGACACAGCUUCAGCAGACACAAGCCUGGGGUAUAUUCUGGCAUUCCUGAUUCUGCUGGCCACCAUAAAGAUGUGGCACCUGAUGCGCCUUAACACCAAACUGAACUUGAUUACCUGCACACUGAAGCGAGCAUGGAACGACAUUUCCAGCUACAUUGUGGUCCUAGUCAUCAUGAUCCUAGCCUACUCCAUUGUGAGCAAUUUGCUGUUUGGUUGGAUUCUGUACACAUACAAGACUCUUCAAGAUUCCAUAUCAGCUAUUAUAGCCUUACAGCUUGGCAUAUUUAAUUACGAAGAGAUCCUGGAUUUGAACCCAGUGCUUGGCGCAUUCUUAAUUCUCUCUUGUGUCAUCUUCAUGACAUUCGUUGUGCUGAACCUUUUCAUCGCAGUCAUCCUUGAGGCGUUCAGUCACGAGCAAAAGCACUACAAGCCAUCCGAGGAGGAGGAAAUAGUGGACCUGAUGGUGUUUAAGAUCUGCAAGAUGUUCGGCGUCUCAGUUAAGAAGGAAUGAUGGAGACAAUCCCAGCUUACCCCCUUAUUUGCUGUUUAUAAUUAUGCUGUUGUGUUUGUGUAGCUGUCAGAU